ACGAGUGGCCAAUGAGCGGACCUAGCGCGAUCUAGAUCACUACCACGGACUCGCUGUUUGGCUUCCCCGAUUCGGGACGUUAUGUAACCGACGUAGAGCAGCUGUGUAGCGUGAGGAGCUCCUGCCCGCGAUGGUUCCCUGAAAACUUCUACAGACUGCCACCCCUCACCUGCACCGACGCACAGAGUUCACGAGCUCGGAGAAGGAACGAGACAUCAUGGAGCACUUCGGGCAAAUCGGUUCCGCCGAAGAAGAUGCCCGCCACAUCCUAGCGCACCCAAUGAAAGAACAGCACGAUAUUGCCGAACUACUAGGUCAGGACCUCCUUUCAUUGGAUUCCGGACUCAGUGUUUGCGACGAAGAAGAAACUUGCGCCACCAGAGGCGAAUCCCUCACGACCAGAUCCAAAGCGAAGAAGAACAUCGACUUUUUGACCGACGUUGUGGCGGACAAACUUUCGGAAGAGGACAACAACGAUGAGUACGCCUACGUGCCAAAGACUGACUUACAACUAGCAGCUGAACUUGGGAAAACUCUCCUGGAAAGGAAUCAUGAGCUGGAGGAGAACGUCCGACGUUUGCAAGCCGUUAUCGAGGAACAGUCAAAGGAAAUCGAUUAUUUGACUAGCCAGGCUUGUCAACUUCGCGACGCGAACGAAACUCGACUCCGCAUCUACGAGGCCCUCGAGCAAAGCGUGGGAGAACUGGAAAAGAACAAUCGUCUCCUACACGAUGAAAGCAAGACGGACAAGAAACGCAUCAAGGCGCUUUGUGCUUCUCUGGAGUUGGUCGAACAACAUUGUGAAGAGCUCCAGGAGGAGAUGGACGUGAUCCGUGUGUCCUGUACUGGAAAUCAACACCAAAAGAAUCCAGACUCGGAUGGCCUCAGCGGAAAGAAGAAAGGACAGACCAAGAUGAAGAGCCACUCGGACUAUACCUCAUCCGAGGAGUCCAACACCGAUGAAGAAAGCGGAAUUCAUGGCUCGGACGAAUCAGAUUUUGCCGGGUUCGAAGAUACCCCUCUUGAACUGCAAGAGGUUCUUCGAUUGCGGUCAGAUAUGGCACGUCUUCGCAGUCAGAUUUCUCGCGAGCAAAGGAUGCGAGAGACCCUCUCAUCGGAACUUGAGAGGUCCGUUCAGGAGAACGCAAGACUCCGCGAAGAACUUCUGUCCUCUAGGGAACGUGAAAGAUUGAGCCUCAACAUCCAAAUGGAGUUGGGCGGCACUGUCGGCGACCUGGACAUUGGCAACAAACCUUGUUCCAAUCUUUCGGUGGAUGGAGACGACGACAACGGCCCUUCCGAAACUCAGUCCGAAACGCGACAGCAGGAAGCCGACACCGAGCAGGAAGAAGGAAACACUCUUCUUUACGAGCUCGACAUGCAGUACAGAGUCCUAAUUGAGAAGUACGAAGCGCUUCUCGAAGCGCGACGACGUGAUUUCGAAGCUGAAGACGCCAUGACAGCAUCGAUGCACUCGAAAGGACAGAGUGAUGCUGGUCUCGGCUCGGAAGUAUCGAUCACGCCUGAACUCGAUGACAAUGCUCUGAACGCCGAUGCUGAACCCAACGCUCAGCGUCUAAAGGAUGCCGCCUGUCAGACGGAAAUCCUGGUUUUGAAAAAGAAGAAACAGCACAUUGUUGACGUACAACCAGUCACUGUACCACCGAAAUCUUGCUCCAAAUUCCCCCAAAUCGAGCCUGCGAUCUCUACCAAUACUGUCCACAGCGGACAUCAGGCCACCAACGCGUUGUCGACGCUCAGCGUCGCCGACCAAGAAACCUUCAACAGGCACUUCGAACAUUCCCCGCCAGAGUACAAGAAGCUCUUCGCGGAGAUCUUCGCUGUCCUCAAGCGAAAAGUUGCGGAAAUGCCCGCAUGCGCAUCUGGUAUCGCUCAGGAACGGCAGCCGUCUCCCGUUCUCCCAGAGCUGGAGACACGACUCGAGUGCAACCUUGAGAAACUCAAGGCCACAGUCCCUCCCCACAUUCGCUUGACGCGUAGCUACGCCGAAGUUGUUCGCGCCCGCCAACAGCAGGCACAGCAAAUGAGGAUGCAGGCUCAACGCAACAUGAACCUCGACGCCGCCACCUUCAGAAUCCAGCACUGAGCCCCGAGGUUAAAUUCUAUGAUAUACCUUCAUAUCUAUAUUUAUUCCGACGACGAGUAUUUUAUUUUCAUUCAACUCGCGGACCUUGAGAAUAAUCAAACGAGAAUUGAAGUUUCCUGAUUAUACCAGAUAUAUCAUACCAGUAUUAGCCACUGGUUUGACUCGCGUGCGGGAGUAUUCUGCCGUCUCUAAGGAAUACGCUCGACUGUCUUUCCGACAGGGAGCUUGGUGUCCGCUCCAAGACUCAUCGUCGGAUUGCUCUUAGUUUCUACGAUAAUAUUUCGAUAGUUUGAUUUUGUCCAGAAGGGAGCGUAGCUUAUAAGGAUCCUCGAUUCUGCUCCCCCAAAAAAAUCGAGAGAUAGAAACAAAGUCAACGAAAUCUUCUUAUAACCCUUACCCAACGAUAAGAAGAAUAAACAAGAGCGAAUAGACUGGUAUACGUAGCGGCCCGAAUAUCGGAUAUCUUGCAACAAGAUGGUGGAAGUUCUUUGUGCACUCCUCGAACACGCAGGUUUACCUUGGGAAGCACGAAUGAGAUUAGGUCAACAAGUCGACAAGCGACGCAGUUCUCCGAAAUCGAUAUCGUACAUUAACGGACACCCAGUGAUCCAGAAAAAGCAAUUUUCUCAACACCAGCCCGACUGGCGUUAGAAAAAAAUCGACACGACGGACUCGUGCCAAAAAAACAAGAGCCACCUAUUUUAAAGCCACCAAAAAUAUUUUUACAAUAAUAAUGAUAAUGGAUUCAAAAAGUAGGAAGAACCUUGGCACGUGGAGUGGAGGAGAAUACCGGAAUGGAAAAAGUUCUCGAGAGGCGUCAAGACAUGAUUUCUAUAAAAUAAAAAUGAGCGUCGAUUAAAUUAAGCGGACAGGAUCGACGCGACAAGAUCUUCGUCAGAAUGUUUGACCUCAGAUCGGAUCGUGAUCAAAAUAAUAUUCAAAGGCCAUAAUAAAUCCGGAGGGGGAUUCCGUGAUAUAUGAUGA